AUGUCGGAACCACUCAAAAAGGUAGACUCAGCCGUCCAGGGCCUCUCUGCCUCCCCGCCCAAGGAAGCGAAGCGCAGGCAAAGCUCCGCCGCCGCCCCCGGUGUGAUGAACGUCAAUGACCUUGAGGAACAAGGCAUUGAGCUUCAAAUAGCUAUUGAGACACAAAAGACGGGAUGGAAGAUCAACACUUCCCCCUCAACAAUAGAGGAGAAGGAGAUCCUCAAGAAGCACCUGACAGAACCACCAGUCAAGAGAAUUGACCUGCACUUCCCUCUCGGCAUGGAAGUAACAGCACGCAACCUCAAGGGAGUAACAAUCAAGGAUGCCCUGGAUGCCAUCCACAAGGCAUACAAGAAGAGGUCCGAUGACGAGCUUGACAAGCCCUACCUGAUGGGCUUCGAGUGGGACAAGGAGGAGUCAUGGACCCGCCUUGUCGUCCACCUGUCACCCAACUCGACACAGGCAAUGUCUAGCGGCGGCAAGAAGAAGAAGAACAAGAAGGACGAGGAGUAA